CGUUGACUCCAGGUUUCCAUUAUGAGGUUCUGAAGCCGUAUGUGAAACACAGAUGACAGAAUCUACUAAGGUUAUGCUGAACAAAUGGGAAAGUACUGCAAAGACCAACAAGACUUUUGAAUUGUUUGAACAAGUGAGCCUUAUGACACUAGACAGCAUCAUGAAGUGCGCCUUCAGCUGCAGCAGUAACUGCCAGACAGAGGGUGGAACAAAUGCCUACAUCAAAGCAGUUUAUGAGCUCAGUCACCUCAGUAACCUUCGGUUCAGGACGUUUCCAUACCACAAUGACCUCAUUUUUUAUCUCAGUCCACAUGGUUACAGAUACAGGAAAGCAGUCAGGGUGGCUCACAAUCAUACAGAUGAAGUCAUAAAAAAGAGAAAAGAAGCUCUCGAGGAAGUGAAUGAGCUCAGCCGCUUACAGGCCAAGAGAAACUUGGACUUCCUGGACAUUCUUCUCUUUGCAAGAGAUGAGCAGCAGCAAGGUCUGUCAGAUGAAGAUCUACGAGCAGAAGUAGACACCUUCAUGUUUGAGGGCCACGACACCACAGCCAGUGGCAUCUCUUUCGCCCUCUACUGUCUUGCCUGCAACCCGAAGCACCAGAAGAUUUGCAGGGAUGAAAUCAAUGAAGUUCUGGGUGGCAAGGACACUAUGGACUGGGAGGAUCUCAGUAAUAUUCCAUACACUACAAUGUGUAUAAAAGAAUCCCUUCGUCUUUACCCUCCUGUGCCAGGAACAGCCAGAAGGCACAAACCCAUGACCUUUUUUGAUGGAAGGACUUUGCCAGCAGGUUCCCGCAUUGGAAUAAGUGUGUUUGGAAUCCACAGAAAUGCAACUGUCUGGGAAAACCCUGAUGUCUUUGAUCCACUGCGUUUCCUCCCGGAGAAUGUUUCCAAGAGAUCACCUCAUGCCUUUGUUCCCUUCGCAGCUGGGCCAAGAAACUGCAUUGGCCAGAACUUUGCGAUGAAUGAGAUGAAAGUGGCGAUUGCCUUGACACUGAAGCGCUACGAGCUGAUAGAGGAUCCCUCUUUCAAACCCAAGCUCAUUGCGAGACUGAUACUUCGCUCUCUAAAUGGCAUCUACAUCAAGAUCAAGCCUGUAAACCCAGUGGAGUAAUUAAAGGGAAGCACCUGAUGGGACUGCUGAGAAUACAUUGUUCAGUUAGUGAUUAAUUUAGGUUGAUUUAAAGUAAUAGUAUCCAACAUCAAAGUUAGACUUAGAAUGUUACAGAUAAUUGUACAUUGUAUUUUGUAUAUGUUCAGAAUGAAUUGGUUGUUGAAAAAUUAUAAUCUUUCUACUGACCUUGAAACACUAUCCUACAGUUUUCCUACAGGAUGUUUUUGCCCUUAUAUGUGAAAGACUAAUAGAACUUUGUUUUCAGAAAUUUGCUCCUAAUCAGUUUGCAGCAAAUCUGAAAUAUUGAAAAGUGAGUUUGUAUUUUGUGAUUUGUAUUGUAAAUCGAAUAGAAGAAUAAAUGCAUUAUCUAAGAUGUUCACUGAAUAAACGUAAGAAUAGAUGUGAUUAGGGUAAGUAAAAGUUUAUCAGAACAUACAGUAGGUUACUUCAUAUGUGUGAUUUUUAAGUGCAAUGGAGCUAUGGUCAUUUAUGUAUGCCAUUUUCAGAUUUGAGGAAAGGAAAUAAAAAUAUUACAGCUGCUAUUAGAUACUAAAACUUCUUAUGCCUUCCACCAAAACCGUGAAAAAAGAAAUAAAUGGCUUCACUCCA